ACAACAGAAGGCGAGGAAGAGACACGAAAGAGAGGAGACGCGGGCUGUUGAAGGAAUAAUGCCACGAACAUGGCUCUUUGCGCUCGGCCUCGAUCUGUUUUCGCAGCUCUCCGGCGCAGGCUCUGCCGGCUCCAGACCAGUCGGCAACAGCACCAGCGACGACGACGCGAGCAAUGAGAAGGAGAAGGAGGAGGAGCAACGCGGCAAUGGCACGGAAAACACAAAAUCUGGUUACAUUGACCCCCCGAGAAUGAUCGCUGUCGGCCAGGACCUGCUCAGAAUACUGUGGGCGGGCUGGAACGAUACACUGUUGCAGAUCGACGACAUCUUUGAACUCCGCGGCUUCUCUGCCGGCUCACGCGGUUCCGUCCAGCUCCUCUGUCCGCCCGGGAUCAGCAUCGUCUCAGGAUUCGGCUGGACCGAGCUCCAAGGGGUCGUCUGCUCAGACGGCGAGAUCUACUCCAUCGCUCCUCCGCCCACCGACGCCGAGUACUCGUAUCUCACCAUCGCGCCAGAGUUCGACAUCAGCGACGCUUUCUCACAAUCUGUCCAGCACGUCUCUGUCGCCGGGAACGGGCUCGUGUCGGUGCUGCACGCAGAUAGAACCUCGGUAACCGUCUUUGACUCCUACGCCAGCUUCAAGAACCACACGCCCUCGAAGCCGACCCACAAAACACGCAAAGAGUUCAAGCCUCACCACCGACGAACAUUCAUCUCCGUCCGCUCCGCCGAGUCGCACUUCGUCGCACUCGACAGCAACGGCUGCGUCUGGAGCUGGGGCGCACCGAACCUGCAUGGCGAACUUCUUCGUCCGACACCGGCUAAUCGCGGAGCUGACCACGCGCAGCUGCAGUCACUCACUCCGCGAAUCGUCCCCGCGCUCGAAGGCAUCCAAAUGAUCCAGAUUGCUGCAAACGGGUGGGUGACCGCCUGUCUGUCGGGCGACACACGAGAUGUCUAUAUAUGGGGCUGGAUGGCGGGUGGAGCGCGCGUCGUCGGCAUGCCUGCGACCAGCGGAGGCGAGCUUGCGGGUAUCAUUGACCAGUUUGACGAGGAAGAGAAUAUGACAGUCGACUGCAUCGGCGUCGCGAACGGAGCGGUCGCCACGACGAUCGAGGACGCGCAGACCGGUAUAACGUCGCUGUACGUCGCGAGGCCGCCCGUAGAAGGCAGUUUGGUUAACGACAGGGAAAAUCGCGAUGAAGAUGCUGACGGAGCACGGUUUGAAAAGGUCAGAGGACCAUGGGACGCGCUUCUUGAAGCCGUUGACGAAGUCUAUAGACGGCCGUAUGUGUACUGUUCGCCUGCAGCCACCUUUGUAAUUAUCGCACGCGACUACUGAUCCUGCGUCGCUAGCAAAAGAAGACCUUUGUAUAUAAUGUA